GGCGGACGCUGCUGUGGGGUCACGUGAUCCGAGUAACAUGGCCGCUACUUCCUGAGCGCCGGCGGUGCCGGUCUGAAGCAGCUCGCGUGAGCCUUUGUGCGGCCAGAAGCAGGUGUGCAGGGGCGGGGUCCAGCCCCGGGUUCCGAGGCUGCACGCGGCGGCCGAGCGAGGCUGGCGGGCCCCGGGCGGCGUGGUCCAUGAGCCGGCGCCGGAGGCAGCGCGGAGCCGCAGACUCCCCUGGUCCCGGCGCGGCCCUGGCAGCCGCGGGCUGAGGAGCGGGGCUCUGGGGAGCGCCCCGACCUGCCACCAUGAACCCCGAGAAGGACUUCGCGCCGCUUACACCCAACAUCGUGCGCGCCCUGAAUGACAAGCUCUACGAAAAGCGGAAGGUGGCAGCGCUGGAGAUCGAGAAGUUGGUCCGGGAGUUCGUGGCCCAGAACAACACCAUGCAAAUCAAGCAUGUGAUCCAGACCCUGUCUCAGGAGUUUGCCCUGUCUCAGCACCCCCACAGCCGGAAAGGGGGCCUCAUCGGCCUGGCCGCCUGCUCCAUUGCACUAGGCAAGGACUCAGGGCUGUACCUGAAGGAACUGAUUGAGCCAGUGCUGACCUGCUUCAGUGACGCAGACAGCAGGCUGCGCUACUACGCCUGUGAGGCUCUCUACAACAUCGUCAAGGUGGCCCGAGGGGCCGUGCUGCCCCACUUCAACGUGCUCUUUGACGGGCUGAGUAAGUUGGCUGCUGACCCAGACCCCAAUGUGAAAAGCGGAUCUGAGCUCUUAGACCGCCUUUUAAAGGACAUUGUGACGGAAAGUAACAAGUUUGACCUGGUGGGCUUCAUCCCCUUGCUGCGGGAGAGAAUUUACUCCAACAACCAGUAUGCCCGGCAGUUCAUCAUCUCCUGGAUCCUGGUUCUGGAGUCCGUGCCAGACAUCAACCUGCUGGAUUAUUUGCCAGAGGUCCUGGAUGGACUCUUCCAGAUCCUGGGUGACAAUGGCAAAGAGAUUCGGAAAAUGUGUGAGGUGGUCCUUGGAGAAUUCCUGAAAGAAAUUAAGAAGAACCCUUCCAGUGUUAAGUUUGCCGAGAUGGCCAACAUCCUGGUGAUCCACUGUCAGACCACGGACCCCAGCAGCCUUCAGAAUGAUGCCUUGUCCCUCUUACUCUCCACAGGAGGCCCUGAGGGUUCUUGUGACUCCAGCUUCAGUAGCAGCAUCAGUGUCUUCACUACAGCUAGCACCGAAAGGGCCCCUGUGACCCUCCACCUCGAUGGGAUUGUGCAGGUCCUAAACUGCCACCUCAGUGACAUGGCCAUCGGGAUGAUGACCAGGAUUGCCGUCCUGAAAUGGCUCUACCACCUCUACAUCAAGACUCCUCGGAAGAUGUUCCGGCACACAGACAGCCUCUUCCCCAUCCUACUGCAGACGCUCUCGGACGAGUCUGACGAGGUUGUCCUGAAGGAUCUGGAGGUAUUGGCAGAAAUUGCCUCCUCUCCCGCAGGCCAGGCGGAUGACGCAGGCCCUCUUGAUGGCCCUGAUCUCCGGGUCAGCCACUCAGAGCUCCAGCUGCCCACGCCUGGCAGAGCUGGCCUGCUGAGUGCCCCUGGUACCAAAGGCUUGGAAUGUUCUCCUUCCACUCCCACCAUGAACUCCUACUUCUACAAGUUCAUGAUCAACCUACUCAAGAGGUUCAGCAGUGAGCGUAAGCUCCUGGAGGCCAGAGGCGCUUUCAUCAUCAGGCAGCUCUGCCUCCUACUGAAUGCGGAGAACAUCUUCCACUCGAUGGCCGACAUCCUGCUGCGAGAGGAGGACCUCAAGUUUGCCUCGACCAUGGUCCACACCCUCAACACCAUCCUGCUCACCUCCACAGAGCUCUUCCAGCUGCGAAACCAGCUCAAGGACCUGAAGACACUGGAGAGCCAGAGCCUGUUCUGCUGCCUGUACCGCUCCUGGUGUCACAACCCAGUCACGACAGUGUCCCUCUGCUUCCUCACCCAGAACUACCGGCAUGCCUAUGACCUCAUCCAGAAGUUCGGGGACCUGGAGGUCACCGUGGAUUUCCUCACAGAGGUGGACAAGCUGGUGCAGCUGAUCGAGUGUCCCAUCUUCACAUAUCUGCGCCUGCAGCUACUGGACGUGAAGAACAACCCGUACCUGAUCAAGGCCCUCUACGGCCUACUCAUGCUGCUGCCCCAGAGCAGCGCCUUCCAGCUGCUCUCCCACCGGCUGCAGUGCGUGCCCAACCCCGAGCUGCUGCAGACCGAAGACAGUCUGAAGGCAGCCCCCAAGUUGCAGAAAGCAGACUCCCCCAGCAUCGACUAUGCAGAGCUGCUGCAGCACUUUGAGAAGGUCCAGAAGAAGCACCUGGAAGUGAGGCACCAGCGGAGUGGGCGCGGGGACCACCUGGACCGGAGGGUUGUCCUCUGACAGGCCUGAGGAGAAGGGCCCAAGGAGUGGUCCCAUGGAGCACUCGGGGUCUUCAGGCCCCUCCCUGCAGAGCCCAACGACCUGUCUCGGGCAGGGUUGGGCCUGGCCACCAGCCCAGGGCACGGUGUGGGGACAAAGGCUGUCCUCCCAAGCUCCUCUCAGCCCAGACCCCUGGGUCCCCAGCGCUGUCAUCUGUACCCUGGCAUUCAGAAAGAGCUGGCUUCCCACCACUGGGGGGCCACAGCCUCAGACACCACCCAUUCUUUGGAAUCGUCUCUUUCUAAAACCUUUUGUCAAAGAGCUUGACCUCCCUGACCUGCCAGAGCUCUGGCUUCUUGCUGGUAUUUGUGCACAUAGGAGAACACAUACCUGUGUGCACAUAGCCAGCACAGAGGUCCAAAUGAAUGAUGCACCCCCCUGCCGAAUAAAGAAAUGACAGACAA